GAGUAGGUGCUCCCACCACGCGUACAAUUAAGAAACCUCGCCUAUCAAAGUUUUCGUGCAUUAGCCUCAUUGUAUAAGUUCCAUCAGGAAAUAAUCACAAAAGCGACCAGAAAACGGAUGGUCUUGUUAAAUAUUGUCUUUUCUCGCUCUGGGAAGUUUCCAGUCUUCUCUUUCCUUCAUUUUUCUGCUAUACGCUUUGUUUGGAUUCUGAGAAAAUUCGACGACUAGGGUUUCUUGCGAGUUGCGAUUCCACUUCUUCACAACCACUCAAAGGAUUCCUCUCUUGCAAAUGGGAUUGUGGGAUUCCAUUUUUGAUUGGCUCCGGAGCUUAUUUUAUAAACAGGAAAUGGAACUUUCUCUUAUAGGCCUUCAGAAUGCAGGAAAGACAUCUCUUCUUAAUGCCAUUGCUACAGGAGGCUACAGUGAGGACAUGAUUCCAACUGUGGGUUUCAAUAUGCGAAAAGUUACAAAGGGAAAUGUAAUAAUAAAGGUUUGGGACCUGGGAGGGCAACAGAGGUUUCGUACCAUGUGGGAGCGUUACUGCCGAGGUGUCUCUGCAAUUCUGUAUGUAGUUGAUGCUGCUGAUAGAGACAGUGUUCCUAUAUCUCGAAGUGAGCUACACAGCCUCUUGACAAAACCAUCCUUGACUGGAAUUCCUUUACUUGUUGUUGGCAACAAAAUUGACAGGUCGGAAGCUCUUUCGGAGCAAUCGUUGGUGGGUCAACUAGAUCUCAAGUCAAUCACAGGUAGAGAGGUGGGUUGCUACAUGAUCUCGUGCAAGGAUUCCGUGAACAUAGACCUUGUAAUUGAUUGGCUUAUCAAACACUCAAAAACACCAAACUGAUCCUAUGAUGUGAUAUGUAUGCCCUGUUUCCUAGUUUGAUUAAGGAUGAAGGUGGAAGGCCUUAGCCGCCCAGAAGCAUGACUGCUCAUACUUGUGUGUGCAUAUACUCAUUACAUCUAUUUUGUUGCAUUUAUGCACCAAAAAGUGCUUUGUAAAGUAGUGACAAUAUGAGUAAGUUUUAUUAUU